CACUCUUUCUUGGGUAACUCCAGCUACCCAUCCUUCCAUCGUUCACCAUGCCUUCGUUCCCUAGGUUCGUCCUUUCGGUGCUGGCCAUCUUGGCCUUCGCUGUCAUGUUCUUUGCGCAGACGUCGGAAGCAGCGAAGGGCCCGAAGAUCACAAGCAAGGUCUACUUCGACAUCAAGCACGGCGAUGAGGAACUCGGCCGCAUCGUGAUCGGCCUCUAUGGCGGCACUGUCCCCAAGACUGCGGAUAACUUCCGAGCUCUGGCUACUGGCGAGAAGGGCUUUGGAUAUGAGGGAUCUACUUUCCACCGUGUGAUCAAAGACUUCAUGAUCCAAGGAGGGGACUUCACCAAUGGCGAUGGCACUGGCGGCAAGUCCAUUUUCGGCAACAAGUUCCCCGAUGAGAACUUCAAGCUCAAGCACACCAAGAAGGGCCUUCUCAGCAUGGCCAACUCCGGCAAAGACACGAACGGCAGCCAAUUCUUCAUCACCACCGCCAUUACCUCCUGGCUCGACGGCCGCCACGUCGUCUUCGGCGAAGUCCUGGAAGGCUACGAGAUCGUCGACAAGGUCCAGAACGUCAAGAAGGGCUCAGGCGACACGCCCAAAGUGCCCGUGGUCAUCGCCAAGAGCGGCGAGUUGGACAUACCCGAAGAAGGUAUUCGCGCGGAGCUAUAAAUUUCUCGUUCACAUCCACCGUGUUUCCCCGUCCGUUGCCUUUAUACGUUCAGAUUCUUACUUCUGUAGUUCUGUUCCCUGCCAAAGAUCUCGUUGGAAGCGUGGAGCUAUAAAUUUCUCGUUCACAUUGUCGUGUUUCCCCAUCUGCUGCUCUUAUACGUUGAGAUUCUUACUUCUGU